GACCAUCCCGGUCGUGCGCCCGUAUACAGUGCAGCACCACCGCAGUCAUCGUACCGUUUCCAUUGUCUUUGGACGGCGCGUGUUCUCUCCCUCUCUCUCACUCACUCACCGUUUACGCCGCAUAACCUCGAAAAUCGUUCCGUACCAAACACAAUGGCGUCCACCACGUUUCGCUUAUUCACCAGCUGCCGGCAAUUCCAGUACCGCUCCUCUCAAACGCAUUCUUUUGCUGGAGGUGUUGCUUCCUGUUUGUCAUUUUCUACGAAAUCAAAACCCUCAACCGGAAAAAUGAGUCUGCCAAAAGUGUUCUUUGACAUGUCGGCCGACAACGAACAUUUAGGACGUAUCAUCAUUGAGGUGAGUUGUAGUUGUUUUUGCCGAAAGGGCGGCCCCGUUGGAUUUGUUUUCGGACCGUUCGACAGUUUCAUUUCCGGCGUCAGUACCGUCACAGUGGCCAUAUUUCUAUUCUAUUCAAUCGGUACCUAGUUUUAGUUUGGAACAACUGACAAACGAGUCGAUUUUUGAAUUUGUUUUUCAGUUGGAUUUUUAUUUUUGCUCUUCCUUACCUACGCUUCGGCCAUUUGGCACGUUCCCAAAGUUGUAGGUACGGCAUAUUUUCAUCGGACGGUUUAAAUAGAAUUCGAAAAAGAAAAUCGUUCGCCCGCCUAUAUUUUUUUUUUUUUCAUAUUUCAAUCAUCGUUAAUGUAAUUUGUUCAGAUGACCGAAUUAAUUAACUGAAAACGGUCUCAACAUUAUAUUAAUGUGUUUUGUAACAAUUCGAUUUUCACAUCUCUCGACUGAGUUUCGUAAAACGUUGUUAAACUACAUUUAUCUUUUAAAACAUUGUUAGUUCUGAUUAUGACGCCCGUCUCGGUAUAAUUUCUCUGUCCAAGUUAUUAGGAAUCGUGUUUCGAGAUUAGUAGAUUCGAAUGCAUUUUGUCCAAACGAUUUCCUAAAAAUUAUUUUGCAGUGGUCCAACGAUGAUUGAAUAAUGUAAAUCAUUACCAAAUAAAAAAAUUAAACUUUUCGGAUGUUAAGAUUGCUAAUAAUUUUUAUCUCAUCCAGGUACUAUUUUUCAGAACUAUAAUAAAUCAUAAUACUGAAUCGAAAUAAAAUAAAAAAUAUCGGGGGUGCCCCGUUCCCUUAAUAGUUCCCCAACUAUUAUACUAUUAUUCAGAAUAGUAUUACUAUUUUAACUCUCAUUGAUAUUGUGAUAUUGUCAUAUUUUAUGCAUCUUCUUAUAAUUUCACACUAUAACAGUUUAUAACAAUAACUCCUUUAGUCCGGAAUUGAGAUAAUCAUGGGUAUAGAAUCUUUGUAAACAGUUUUUAUGUAUAAUUUAUUUGAACACUGUAAUUUGACUGCAUAUUAAAACGUAAUUUGAACAUUUAUGUGUAUACAAAUAGAAUAGCUGCAAUGCAUUGGCAAAUAUUCGACAAACUGAAUAUUUAUAAUAUUUAGAAAACAAUUUGUUUGGAAAUAUAUAAUAUAGAGGAAUAAUUGGAAUACAAAUAAUAUAUUAGAAUACAAUAAUUUCGAACAAUCUAUAAUGAUGCAAUAUUUCCAUUUAUUUUUUUUAUAAUUUAAAAAUUCAUGAUCAAUUAUUUCUGCCAUGUUUAUUUUGUGGUUUUAGAUUUGAAUAUAUUAUUGUUCUAAUUAUUUAUAUUUCUGUGAAUUGAAUAACAAUUCCGAAAUUUUGCUGGCCCUUAAGCUAUUCUUUAUGUCACGAUGUUGAUUGUCUUAAUUUUUUAGUAGUAAGCAUCAGAUGACCUUUAGUUUUAUUAUAAUUAAUGAGCAACAAAAUUAAAAUAUCAUGUAUGUAUCAUAUUAAAGAAAUAAGAAAAAAAAUGUAUUAUAUAUAUAUAUAUAGGUCUAUUAUACAAUUAAAUUAUAUUUUAUUAUCUUAAAUACAAGACAUUGACAAAUAUUGAUAAACUGUGAUUGCUAUUUGAAUACUUUCAUCGAUAUAUUUUAUUCGGUAUUUUACUUUCUACUUACAAUAUACAAAUGCACACAUUAUAGGUAAUAUAAUUAAACAAAUUACUGUACCUGCAACUUAAGCAUAGUUAUUUCAUUUACUUGAAAAAAUAAAAGGUACUAUAAAAGAUAAUUUAGGGUUCAAAGGUUUUUGGCUGCUUAAUUUGCAUACACUACAGCAAUUCAAUGUGAAUAUUAAUUAUAAUAAACCAUUUUAUAAAUAUAUAACUGUUUUUAAACUUAAAAAUUUCAUAUUUUUGAUUUAACUAUAAAUUGAGCAAUAAUUAUAGAGGAUAUUUUUGGUUUUUAUUUUUUCAGCUCCGUAAUGACAUUGUACCAAAAACUGCAGAAAAUUUCCGUGCUUUGUGUACUGGUGAAAAGGGUUUUGGUUACAAGGGAAGUAUAUUCCACCGUGUCAUUCCAAAUUUCAUGUGCCAAGGUGGUGAUUUCACCAACCACAAUGGUACCGGAGGAAAAUCUAUCUACGGAAACAAGUUUGAAGACGAAAACUUCACAUUGAAACAUACUGGACCAGGUAAGUGAAUUUAAAAUUCAGCUUAUAGAAAAUUUUGUUAAAUAAAAUAUAAUAUGAAUAUCGGAAGUUAUUAAUUACUCUUGUUAAAUUUAACUCUAAUACUAAUUACAAUUUGGAAAUUUUAAAUUAGCUAACUUUUUAAGAUUGCUUCAAUAAUUGACACUUAAAUAUCAUUUAUAAUCCCCCGAGAAGACUAAAGAGAAACUGGUGUUAAGAUUUAGCUUAAAGUAGAAAAAAAAAAUUAAUCAAGCCAAAAGUGUUACCGCUGGGUAGCUUCUUUAAGUCAAGUCACUCGUGUCAUCUUUAAAAAUAUUAAACAUACUCAUUGUAAAAUUUUUUACAGAUUGUACGAUUUCUAAUAAAUAUUAAAAAAAAUAAAAUAUAUAUCAUUUAGUUAAAACCUCACUAUUUGUUUAAAUUUUCAGCUUUGCAUAAAUAGUUUUUAAUUUUUUGUUAUUUAACUAGGAAUCUUGUCCAUGGCUAAUGCUGGAGCCAAUACUAAUGGUAGUCAAUUUUUCAUCACAACAGUAAAGACUUCAUGGUUGGAUACCAAACACGUAGUAUUUGGCUCAAUAGUUGAUGGCAUGGAUGUUGUCAAGAAGAUUGAGUCCUAUGGAACUCAAAGCGGCAAAACUACCAAAAAAAUCACUGUCUCCAACUCUGGACAAUUAAGUUAAUUGGUUUAUUUUUCCAAUUAAAUUUCGAAACACAUAAACAAAAUAUAUUUGGAACAAUAAUUAAUAUUUAAUAAUAUGUGGUCUACUUAAAAUGUUUGAUGCAUUUAUGUAUGGUAAUCUGGAUGAACACAUUUUAAUUGGUAAUACAUUCAAAUAGUUAAUACUAUAAGAGUACAUUCAAUUUGUUGACCUUAAAUAUAUCUUUAUCCUAUCCUGUUAAGAAUAAUCGCAUAGAAAUGGUAAACAGAUUCUAAAAACUUUUCUUUUUUUCUUAAUACUAAUUAAAAGUUUUAGGAAAAUAAUUUUUAUGUUAAAAUUUAAAUUAUUUUUUGUGAUUCUGAGACAAAAAGAAAUGUUUUAUUCAAUUUACUUAUUAGAAUUAACUAUUUUUAUUUUAAACUUUUAUGUAUUGACAAUAAUUAAGUUAAAAUAUAGAUGAUAAAUCUGAAAAUAUUUUAUUAAAUGAAGAUCUUAAAACAUACAUAUAUUAUCUAAAAUUGAAUCUAGGAUUAGAAUUUGUAAGUUUCUAAAAAAAUGCUUUUUAUAGUAGGCCCAUAAAUACAGAUAAAAAAAAAUAAUAAUUAUCUAAAGAGAUAAUAUUACAAGAAGUAAAACUGUUUAAACUUGAAAAAUGUUUUUAUUCAAAUAUUUUAAAAAUAUUUGAAACCAUUACUCAAGAAUAUAUUAAUAUUGCUAAUAGUACAUUUUGAUAUUAAUUAUGGUAUACUUAAGUUUCUUAAUGCUUUUUAAAAUUAUAUCAAAACAAAUCAAGUCCACAUAAAAUUUCCAUAUGGAUUCCUUUUUUUUGUUUUUAAUACAAUUUUUAAUUAUUUUACAAUUCAUGCGAUAAGCAAAUUUGAUAUUUACAAGAAAAAACCCAUUGGUAACACCUCUUAAUAUAGAUUAUUAAAAAAUAAAUUGUUAUUAAAUUUAUUUAUGUUGACGAUAAUAAACGCCACAUUUUUUUAUUUAUUUUACAAAAGUAUAAGUACAAAUAUUUGCAAAUUAUAAUAUCUUGGUAUUUGAUUUUAUUCAAAAAUUUUCUUCACAUAAGAGUUGUUUUGGAAUUUUACAAACAACAGUUAUAGAAAUCAACAGUAGUAGUAGUAGUGUUUCAAGUGCUUUUAUGCUUUGUAAGCCAAAGUAAUCCAGAAAGUUAUAUGUAAAAUAUGACAUUUAUGAGUGCUUAAAUUUUUAAAUGAUUGAUUCAUUAUUGAUAUUUGAAAAUCAUAAGAAUACCUGUAGUUUCUAUUUUCAAAAGUAUAUUUUUUUAUUAAACCAGUACCUAUUUAUAGUUUUUCUUAAAAUGUUAUAAUAAUAAAGGUUUUACUAUUACAAUAAUUCAAUACUUAUAACAUUAAUUUCUUAAAAACAAAUUUUAGUAUCCAUAAAAAAAUUAAUUGUUUAUUAGGUGGUAAUUUAUUAGGGAAGUUUGAGUAUUGGUGGGUUAAAAAUUAAAAGAUUUCUCUGCACUACCAGGAAUUUAGGCCAAUUUACGCUGUGCUGUUCAUACAUUUUUAUAAAAAAAUCUAGUGUUUAUGAAAACAAUUUGAAUAUUACGUAUUUAUCGAAAGUGCGGACUAGUAGCCCAAUAGUUACAAUAGUUAAACUACAGGAAAUAUUUCAACAAUAUAUUAUUAUAUUAACAUAUAACAAUAUAAAUUAAUUGUAAGAAAAGGUGAGGGUUCAAUAUUGGCAUCAUACUUGCAAGGUGCUCAUUAGCAGCAUUGACUGUGUUUAUUUUAGGGAGGUGACUGAGGGGGGUAUUAACCUUUGCAGAAAAAUGUAUGACAUUACUACGUAAAUUGCAUGUGAUAUCAGUUAUGGGCAGAUUAUGAGUCAUCUUGUCCCUAAUAAAAUGAAAUAAACACUGUUUUAUAAAUAACCGUAUUUUAACGAGCUACAAGAAAAAAUCAUUGAGUGUACUUUCUUAAUUUUCUUCCCCAGUGUAAAAAUUCCCAGAUCAAUAUUUUAUAGGCUUGAACGUAUUCCAUUAAAUAAAUAUAAUUAUCAACACAAGCUGAAUAUUAUCUAUAAUAUAGUCCAUUGAAAUAAUUUCAAUUUAAAUACUAUUAAAAAAAAUUCAUAAACGCAUUAUAGAAAAAAUAAUACAUUACUCAUCUAAAUGAUGUUAUUAAUUAUUAUAGUAUGGAAUACCAAAAUAAUAAGUCUAACAAAUUUGCUAAAAUUCUGUACAAGAAUACAAAUAAUGUCAAAAUCGCUUUUAAGAUUAAUAAUAAUUUAAUCGAACGUAUAAAUAAUAGAACUAUAAACUUCACUAAAAAUCCCUCUUGUUUUUAAAAUGCUGGUAUAUAUUGUAACUAUAAUCAAUUUUAUAAAGGUACGAGAAAUAGACUUUUUAAAAUAUGAUAUAAAGAACACAUUUGUGAAAUAAAAUUUAAAAAAUACUGCUUCUAAUUCAAAUUUCGCUAAACAUGUUUUAGAAAAUAAUCAUAAUAUAAAUUUUGAUAUUAAUACAGUCUUAGAAAUAUUAAAUACCCAAAAUAACAUUUUCAUUAAUUCAGUUUUAUAAGAAUUACAAUGAAAUAAAGAAAAAUAAUUUUAAUAAUAUUUUAAAUGUGCAAACAGAUUUUAAAAAAUAACAUUUUAUGUCAAUACAUUUAGAUAAUAAAUAAUAUAACAACCAUAUAAUUAAUUUAUAUUUCUUAUCGUAUCUAUGUUAAAUAAUAACCCAUUUUAAAUAAUCUCUAUUAAAUAAAUUAUUUCUAUGUAAAACAACCAAUUUGUAUAAUUUUUUUUCCGUGUAUUCCUUCAGUUAAUUUUUAUAUUUAAUCGAGUUUACAUUUUGAUUAUGAUGUACCUGAUGAUGAAUUUUUUUAAAAAAAAACCAGUUC